AAAUUUAUGAAUUGUUUAAAGAUUAAAAACUCUCUAUUAAAAACAAUAUUUGCUAAAUUAACUAAUGUAAUAAAAAUAUUGCUAAUUAUAAUUUUUUUAUCAAUCUUAUACUAAUACUAUGAAAUGAAAAUCUACCGGAUCAUUUAUAGUAAUGCUGUAAAACUUUGUGCAACCCCUUUGGCACAUUAUAAGGCUUAAUCUCGUUUUAUAUGUACCAUUGAAUAUAAUAAUAUACUUUAAUGCUAUUAUUAUUAAGCAACUAAGUUUUAAUUUGAAAGAUAUGGUUGAGCAAUGAGCUUUUUGCUCAAAUUUGGUUAUAUUGGCAAAACUUUUGCUUGAUUGAUUAAUAGAUGGAUGUGAAUGCCGAUUAUGCUUAAAAUUAGGCUGGUUUCGAUGGAAGAUUGAUGUUGCACAUCUUGUUUCCAUCUGUCUCAUUCUUUUCAAAAUACUUUAGGGACCAUUAGAUUGACAAAAAGAAAGAAAGAAAGAAAGAAAAAACUUUAUUAUGCACAAUAUACAAGAUAUUUAGAUAAAGUAAAGUGCACUGGCCCCCACACUAGGAUUCCCUGUGUUGUGGGCAGCCAGUCUCUUCCUUUUGACAUGAAAACAGUAUUUUAUGAAUUAUAUUAAUUAUUUCUACACAUUUAUAUUAAAACUAUUUUUGUACAAUAAGAAUAUUUUCAGUAUCAGAAUACGACAGGUUAACAAGAUAUCGUUUGAGGUGUUUAGUAAAUGUAUGUAAUGUGAUUUUUGAAAUGUUAGUGAUAAUUUUGUUUUUAAUGAAGUGGUUAAAGAUGAAAGUAAUGGCGCUUCUAAACGGGCCAUGUUUUGCUGCAACACUGUGGCCGGCAACAUUGCAAACAAUAGCAGCCACACUAUGCAAUAUUGCAGUAAUGUCCCGGCCAUAUAGCCAAACAUGUUUUGUAUAGCCAUAUAUGGCCGAUGUUGCCCCCAUGGGUGGCCGGACGAUCGCUAGGCUAUCGAAUUCAACUGCAAUAUUGCACAGCCAGUUCUUGUUUCAUUCAUUUCACAUUGUUGUUUCAGUCACUCUCUUUGUUAUGCCACAGUGUAUCCUUUUUUACGCGACAUGAAGUUUGCUAUGAGUGAAGUGUGCCUGUUGCUAUAUUCUGUGUUUUGCGAUCAGCUGCAUUUUGACGUGAAAUUAAAUAUUAAUUAAAAUUCAAGACUCAAAUUUUCUACAGUAGACAAUUUGAGUCUAGAAAUAAGUCUUGAUAAUAAAUUAUUCAAGAACUAGAAUGUCAAAAGUAGUCAUUUUUACGUAUUAAUCUAACGUCAAAUACAGCUGAUCGCAAAACACAGAAUAAAGCACAAAACACUUCACUCAAAGCAAACGUCAUGUCGCGUAGAAAAGGAAACACUAUGCCAUAACAAAGGGAGUGACUGAAACAACAAGAGAACUGGCUGUGCAAUAUUGCAGUUGAAUUCGAUAGCCUAGCGAUCGUCCAGCCACCCAUCGGGGCAACAUCGACAAUAUGUGGCUAUACAAAACAUGUUUGGCUAUAUGGCCGGGACAUUACUGCAAUAUUGCAUAGUGUGGCUGCUAUUGUUUGCAAUGUUGCCGGCCACAGUGUUGCAGCCAUCAAUUGCAGCAAAACAUGGCCCGUUUAGACGCGCCAUAAGAGUAAGAUAGAAUUGACAUCACUAAUUGUCAACUUUUUCCAAGUCAUUGAACAAAAUUUCACAUAUAUAUUUAUGUAUUUCAUUUGGCAGGUACACAAUGUUCAGUUCACUCAAGUUUAAAGUCUGACCCGAUUGAAUUUUUGUUACAAGCCUACGAGGAAAUUGAAGAAAUAUAGAACGGUAUUUGAAGCCAUUAAUAAUGUUUAAAUAAGAAAUAAUACAUUUUUAGAUCGAUAAGGUCUGUUCUCUUGAAUAUUUUCAACUUCAGACAGUAGUCAGCGGUGUGGGUGUAAAGAACGUGAGACCGGGGACAGAAGAUGUUUCACACUCCCCACCCCCUCCGCCGCCGCCGCCUCCUCCACCGCGCUCGCGCCGCGCCUUCACCCUCAUCACGGCCGUCACUUUCACAGCCUCCCUCGCUGGAUCAUGUUUAUAAUUCACAGAUUUAUUUGUAUCGGAAGAGAACGCAAGAUAAAGAAGAUGCCGUGUCACUUACGAGUGCAGAAGCCGGCGAGUCGGAAGCGCGGACGUCAUGUUCUCCGGAGCGCGGCGACGGGCUGCCGGCGCACGCGCAGUUCCUCCUCGUGGGCGGCGGCACGGCCGCCUUCGCCGCCAUGCGCGCCGUUCGCAGCGCUCGUCCCGACGCGCAGGUGCUGCUCGUGUCGCCCGAGCGGGUGCCGCCGUACAUGCGCCCGCCGCUCACCAAGGAGAUAUGGCGCGAGCCCGACCUCGCCGAGCGCGCGCUGUCUCCCGAACUUCUCACCUUCCGCCAGUGGAACGGCAGACGGCGAUCCCUCCUCUACGAGCCGCUCGCCUUCUACACGCCGCCGGAGCGCCUCCGCGACGCGGCGCCCGGCGCCGGCCUCGCUCUGGGCUGGCGGGUCGUCGCCCUCGACCCCGCCGAACGGUCCGCCGUGCUAGAGAGCGCCGCCGGAGAGCGCGCCAAACUCACCUACGACGAGUGCCUGGUGGCGAGCGGCGGCCGGCCGAAGCGGAUCGGCGCGCUGCGGGACGUCGCCGCCGCCGGACUGUCCCUCGCUCUCGGCUCCGUGGACGACGUCGCGGCGCUCGCGCGAGUCCUCGACGGCGGCCGGCGCACGGUGGCUGUGAUCGGCGGCGGGACGCCGGGCGCCGAGCUGGCGGCCGCGCUGGCCGACCGCGCCCGAGUCGUGCACGUGUACCGCGAGAGCGCGCCGCUGGAGACGUCGCUGCCGCCGAACCUCGCGGCCGAGGCGGCGCGCGCGCUGGCGGCGCUCGGCGUGGAGGCCGCGCCCGGCCUGGAGAUCGUCGGCGCGACGGCGUCGGGCGGCCGAGUGCGCCUGACGACGGCCGACGGCGGCGCGCUCGAGGUGGACGCGGUGGUCGAGUGCGCGGGCACCGAGCCCGACGUGGAACGCCUGGCGGGCGCCUCUCGACUCGAGACGCAUCCGAAGCUCGGCGGCCUCGUGGUGAACGCGGAGCUGGCGGCGCGGUCGGGCCUCUGGGCGGCCGGCGACUCGGCCUGCUUCUACGACGAGGUCCUGGGCCGUCGGCGCCUCGACCGCCACGAUCACGCGGUGGCUUCGGGCCGCCUCGCCGGCGAGAACAUGGCGAGCGAGGGCCGGCCGCGCGCCUACGGACACCAGAGCAUGUUCUGGAGCGACCUCGGCCCCGAGCUCGGAUACGAGGCGAUAGGUGAAAUAGAUUCGAAGCUGCCGACCGUCGCGGUGUUCUGCGAGGACGCCGUGCGCGAAGCGAAGGAGGCGGCGACGGCGGCGGACGGGGUGGCGACGGACGAGGCGGCGGCGCGAGCGGACGGCGGCGUGCGGUACGAGCGCGGCGUGGUGUUCUACCUCCGCGAGAGCCGCGUCGUGGGCGUCCUCCUGUGGAACCUCUUCAACAGAAUGCACCUCGCGCGACAGGUUCUGGCGCGGGGCGAAUUCGAAGACUUGUUUGAGGUGGCGAAGUUGUUCGCGUUGCACGAGGAAGACUAGAAAUAAUAUUUUUAAUCUGUAUAUAAUUAAUAUAAUAGUUACUUAUUAAAAUGGCUUCCUUCGAACUUAA